GCCGAAGAUAACUUCGAAGUCGAGGAAAUCGUUCACCACGAGCACCGGCCGGACUCAACUUACUACUUGUUACGCUGGAGCGGCUACCCUGAGGAAGACGACACGUGGGAACCGGCUGACCACGUCCAGGAAUCCACCAUACAGGAGUACUGGGACAAGCACAAGGGUGCCUAG